AUGAGAGAAGUUAUUGCUGUACACGUCGGUCAGGCCGGUGUCCAGGUCGGAAACGCAGUUUGGGAGCUCUUUUGCAUUGAGCACGGAAUAGGACCCGAUGGAACCACAGAAAAUGUUGAAGGAAGUGGCGCAGGCGACGAAGACAAGGCUUUCCAUGCCUUUUUCGCAGAGACUGCAUCCGGCAAACAUGUACCUCGGUGCUUAUUUGUUGACCUGGAACCCUCUGUGAUGGACGAAGUGCGCAGGGGCCCCUACAAUGGCCUCUUCCACCCUGAGCAGUUGAUGUCCGGCAAAGAAGAUGCAGCCAACAACUUCGCCCGCGGAAGAUACACGACAGGCAGCGAAAUUAUGAACCCCGCUAUGGACCGCAUCCGCAAGUUGAGUGACGCAUGUGACAGCAUCCAAGGUUUCCUCUUCUUCUCGGCCGUUGGCGGUGGCACGGGAUCGGGAACCGGCAGUCUGCUGUUGGAAAAUGUCGGAGCGGAAUAUGAGCGCAAGACCAAGCUGAACUUCUGCAUAUGGCCAUCUCCCCAAGUAUCCACUGCGGUUGUUGAGCCUUACAACUCUGUUUUGUCCACUCACUCAUUGCUGGAGAACACUGACGUCGCCGUUGUGCUCGACAACGAGGCCAUCUACUCCAUCUGCAAGAAGAAUCUCGACAUUGGCCGCCCAAUUUACAAGAACCUUAACCGAAUCAUUGCGCAGGUCAUCUCUUCGUUGACCACUUCUCUGCGCUUCGACGGUGCUUUGAACGUUGACAUGAACGAGUUCCAGACCAACUUGGUGCCAUACCCCAGGAUUCACUUCAUGCUCUCGUCUUACGCUCCCAUUAUCAGUGCACGCAAGGCCAAACACGAGUUCAUGUCGGUGUCAGAAAUCACCAACUCAGCUUUCGACACCGCUUCGAUGAUGGCAGAGUGCGACCCCCGUCUAGGCCACUACAUGGCUUGCUGCCUGAUGUACCGCGGUGACGUUGUACCUAAGGACGUGAACUCCGCCAUUGGUCACGUGAAGAGCAAGAAGGCCGUACGAUUUGUCGACUGGUCACCCACCGGUUUCAAGUUCGGCAUUAACUACCAGCCCCCAUGUGUCGUUCCCGGAGAUGACCUCGCCAAGGUUAGCCGCGCCGUUUGCAUGAUUUCCAACUCCACGUCAAUCUCCGAAGUCUUUAUUCGUAUGGACUCCAAAUUCGACGUCAUGUAUGCCAAGAAGGCCUUUGUGCACUGGUACCUCGGGGAGGGAAUGGAGGAGGGCGAGUUUGAGGAGGCCCGCGAGGACGUUGCCGCCCUCGAGAAGGACUACGAGGAGGCAAUCAAUAACUGA